AUGCGGGCGGUGCCGGCAAGGCCGUCAACGGCGGCAAGGAUCGAGGCCAAGGUAGCGAGCAACAGCUCCGACCCGCACUACCCCGUCCACGAUCCGGAGGAGGCGGCGCCGGAGCAGUCCGCGAAGGACGCCGCCGCCAAUUUCACCUCUUUCGUCGCCCGUGUCGGUCGCAACGGUGCGGCGGCCAACCCGACCGGCCCCUCCUCUGACAGCCCCCACAAAACCGACGAGACGAAGUCGGGGACCAUGGGGUCUACCACGAACUCUGCCGGUCCACCGCCGCCGCCGCCGCCGCCGAAGGGCGAGAGCUACGAUCGGUGGUUCCCCCCGGAGCACGACGCGGGCAUGAAGCUAGGGGCCGGCAAAUACAACGGCGUCGGGGUCCAGUCACCGUCGUCGGACGCGUCCUCCGCAGAGCUGCACAGCCUCGCCUUGACGCCGAGUUACCGUGUGCCCUCCCCUGUCACGUCCACCCCUGCCCCUGCCCCUCCUCCGCAUCGUCCGCCCCGCGGAUACGAUCCGAUGUUGUUCGUGGACGAGGACAGCGCUGCGCCAGAGACGGCCAGCUCCGUCUUCGCCACGCCGCGGGAGCUGCGCGGCGGGGGCAGCGUGGCCAGCUUCGCCAGCUUCGCCGACAACGUCUCCCUCGUCAGCCACGGCAGCAUGAUGAGUCAGCACCCCCACGGUUACGACUACUACAACAGUAGCAACGCCGGUGGUCACGACGGGUCGCCAAUGCCGUCCCUGACGCACCGGCAGAGCAUUGGAUCGUCUUCGCUGACGUCCGGCGUGGCCGCCGCGCCGCCCCCAGCUCGUCCGACCAAGACGACGAUGACGGUGACAAACGUCCGCACCAAUCGGCAGAUGCCAGCGGGGAGCAGCGUCGGGCCGACGUCGCCGUUUUCGCGGCGGGGUUCGCGUGCGGAUUCAGAUCUCUUUCAGAGCUGUCGCAGCCUCGGCUCGCAGGUGAGCAGCAGCCUCACCUACCCUGCCCCCACCCCCGGCGGGGACCUCGACGACGGCGGCGGCUUCUACAGCUGUCGCAGCCUCGGCACGGCGAGUCAGCAGUCCGGCGUGUCCUCGCUGAUGGCGCCGAGUGGAGCUAGCACCACCGUCAGCACGUUUGCCUCGCCCAUUCACAUCCGUAAGCCGCCCUCCUCCUCGUCCCUCUACGCCAUGAGCCACCACAGCUCGAACAGCCUCUCCAACCUGCGAGAUGUGUCGUCGCUGCCUCCGCACUCGCCCCGCGGGUCGCCGAUGGGCUACCACGGCAACACCCCCAGUGCGCAGCAGGAGUUUCUGCACUACCAGGCAAGCCGGCAGUCCGAGUCGGGGGAUGUGCCGGCCUCGGAGUCCUUCUCCGUUGGCGGGGCGACGCCAGGGGACGUGUUUCUGGACCUGUCCUCUGCGGCCGAAAGGACUUCGGUGUACACCUACGAUGACGAUCGAGAUUUGCAGCUGACUCUCAACGAACGUGGCCACGGCAGCGCCGUGAACUCCGCGGCGAAAGGGCAGGCACCUGCCUCACCCACCUCGCACUACUCGUCUUCUUCCUCCUCCGUCACCGCCGCGUCGUCGUCGCCGCAGAACACGCGGACGACGGCGGCACCGGAUUGCGGUGGUGGCGUCCCGGCUUCGAUGGGAUCACUUAGUACGAGCUCCAUCUCCUCCGCCUGGCUGGCGCCGCCGGCGGUGCUGACCGAGACCAAGCUGCCCACUGACCGACAGCGGCAACCGACGGCGUCCCGCGCGGGCGGCAGCAACAGCAGCAGCGGGACCGCGCGGCGAAAUGAAAAGGCAGCCAAGAAGAACAGCCUCGGCAGCAGCAGCAGCAAGAAGAAAGCGGUGCCGUCGAAGCAGUAUUACACCAAGGCGGACUUCCCACCCAACCCACGCUCUUCGCUACCACAGGCAAGGACAGUCACCGCUCCUCCUCCAGCUGCUGCUGCUGCUGCUCCGAAAUCCCCCUGUGCGCCACGGAAAACAGAGAACAUUUCCGUGCCUCUUCCAGUGGAGACGGUGGUGAUGAUGGAGUCCACCUACGUCUCCCUCUCCUCGCCCAGCGAGACGAGUACGCGCAAAUCCGGCGCCACACGGCCCACACUGAAGUACCCGGGCGGCGGGGACCGGGAGAUCGACGGCGAUGAGCAAGGCGACGCACUGCGCUCACGCGCGCUGUUGAACACGCAAGCCCCUUCGCCAGAGGAGAAGGCACCAUCGCUGUCACCACCACAGCAGCCACAGCAGCAGCACCUCCUGCCGACCUCCUCGACGCCGCCAACGGAGAGCAGCAACCAUUCCUUCUCUACCGUGGCCUCAUCGUACCGCCGAGGAGAGCAGGAGUGGGAGCAGAAGGGUGUGGCUGAAGGUGGCACCCUUGUCCCGGCGCCGACGCGUCGACGCAGUUCGAAACCGAAAGGGCCGCCGAAGGGGAGCGUCAAGCUGCGCUCCUCCCUGCCGGGUAAGAAGGUUCUGGCCGACACGGCGAACCUGGCGCCCCUCACGACGAACCCCAACCCAUGGGUGCCAGGCGGCCGGAGGAGCAGCACCGACUCCGCCCACGCUGACCCCUUUGUGCUGGACGCAGACAACCACCCACACCCUCGCGCGCACUCGACCACGGCCCCAUCUGCUUCUGCGACGACGCCACGCACGGGCGGCAGCAACCGCGGGCCCGCGGCACGUCGCAGCGCCGCACCCCCCAACGCCGGGGUGGUGGCUGGUCGACCCCCCGCCGCCGCCUCUGCGGCACCGGCGACGACGCAGCGAAGAACUCAACGGGAGAUGCCGCAUCGACCGCGUGCGACGACGGAGGCGACGUCGGGGCCAUCCUUGCAGAUGACCCCCUCCCCCACCACAAAGUCGGCGGUAAAGCCGACGGCGAAGCUAGCGGCGGCGGCGAAGGCGCGCAGAAUGAAGAAGGCAGCAGAGGCCGCCGCGACAGCCAGCAAGUCGUCGUCUCAUCCCACCACGAACACCACCGGCGCAGCGGAUCUGCCGUCGCCACCGGCGCCACCGGCGCUAACGACACCAGCAGCGGCCCACGCAAGCGACACCGGCGACUCCGUCGUCGAGUACGAGCUCUUCACGGGCGAGCUGGCGGACUCCGAGGCGGACAGCAGGGACUCUGCCGCUGCUCCACGUGGAGCGCAGACGCAGCAGCAGCAGCAACAGCCGUUCCUCCCGAGCAGCCACGACUUAUCCACGCUGCGCAACUCACCCAAGACGCGCGCCGGUCACCGCCAGCGCGCGGGCUUUCACGCAUCGCCGGACAGCGCGUCGAGCGUGCUGACCUCUGCGGAGGCGAGCGGCUUUAUGCAACCGUACACGGAUGCGCAGCUGACCGCACACAUGAACAGCGGCGAUGCAGACUUGACGAACGGCGCGUGGACGGCUGCCGCUGCGGCGACCGCCACCACCACAGCAUCAACGACAGCAACAACAGCAGCCGCAACGGACGACGGCAGCGCCGUGAUGCGGGCUGAGAUGGCAAAUGCACGUUCGGUACAAGAGGAGACGAACGAUGAAGGCUACGAUGCCGACUCCGGCCUGGCCGCGAUGCAUGACGCUGCAAUGCCGCCGCCGCCGCCGCGGUCUGUGUCGGCGACGUCGAACGACGACCCUACCGUGUUGGGUGGCACCGAUCGUGCCACAGCGGCGGCGGCGAAGGAAACCGCACCGCGGGCCAACGGUGUCAUGUCGCCAAGUUCUGCCGCGUCCACAGGGAAGGAAAGGGACUCUGCUAGUGUGAAUGCGGUGGUCCUGUCGAGUAGCUCUUCCGCGUCGGAGACGGCAUCGCCCACGGGCUCUCCGGUCGUUGUUGGAUGA